AUGAACGAGGACGGCGACCUGGUGGCGGUGAUCGGGGACGAGGACACCGUCACGGGAUUCCUUCUCGCGGGCGUCGGACACGUGGACGAGCGCCAGAGAUUGAAUUACUUGGUGGUGGGCGAGCGCACGACGGAUGAUGAGAUCGCGGACGCGUUUAAGGCGUUCACGUCAACGCGCGAGGACGUCGCGGUGGUGCUCAUCACGCAGGUGAUCGCGGAUAGGAUUCGACACCUCGUGGACGCGCACUCGAGGGCGAUACCGAGCGUGUUGGAGAUCCCGGACAAGGAGAACCCGUAUAGACCGGAGAGCGACAGCGUGUUGUCCAGGGUGCGACACUUGUUGGGGGGAGACGGGACGUGA